GUGCUCAACCCCCACCAACAACACUCCUCAUCAAAAGAGAUGCGCAUAGAAUUUGUUCUCCCACCAGUCCACCACUUCUAUCAUUUGUUCCCCCACCACUGAAAUUACGAAUGAACAGAUAAUAAAACUCUUCUACCAGUGAUUCCAGGGAAAUCCCAUAAACUGCAUGAGUUAGCCGAUCGACUUCGAUCUUUUGGAAUACGAUUUCGUCCCAAUAAGGCAAGCAACAGCAUCAUAUUUCUUCAUCUUUACUGGGGGGAAUCCGUCUGGUCUUUACCAGAUGGAUGAUGAGAGGAAUGGGUAUACGGUGGAGGAAGCGCUUGUCACUAUGGGGUUUGGGAAAUUCCAAGUUCUUGUGCUCAUCUAUGCCGGGAUGGGUUGGAUAUCUGAAGCCAUGGAAAUUAUGCUUCUCUCGUUUGUGGGACCCGCUGUUCGAUCUGCUUGGAAUCUCUCUCCUCAUCAAGAAACCUUGCUAACCAGUAUGGUUUUUGUUGGAAUGUUGGCCGGAGCCUACACUUGGGGCAUUGUUUCUGACAACUACGGAAGGAGGAAUGGGUUUUUCGUGACAGCAGUGAUUACUGCUCUUGCUGGCUUAACAAGUGCUUUUUCGCCAAACAUAAUAGUGUUGAUCAUCAUUCGGUGUCUGGUGGGGGUUGGCUUGGGUGGGGGUCCUGUCCUUUCUUCUUGGUUUUUGGAGUUCAUUCCUGCUCCAAAUAGAGGCACUUGGAUGGUAGUUUUCGCAGCUUUCUGGACCAUUGGCACCAUUUUUGAGUCUUCACUAGCAUGGAGAUUUCUGCUUAUUAUUGCAGAUAGUCAUGCCAAGACUUGGUUGGAGAUGGCUACUUGCACUCUCCUCCAUACCAUCCUCCUUGCUUCUUUUGUUCUACAGUUUCACUCUCGAGUCUCCGAGGUAUUUGUGCACAAAGGGGAGACAAGCAGAAGCCUUACAUAAUCUUGAAAAGAUAGCAAGAAUAAACGGAGCAAGACUGCCGCCAGGGGUUCUUCUCUCUGACAGAAAACUCACUCCAACAGAAGACAAUAGUUCACCUAAUGGAGAUGGAAGUGAGAAGUCUAAACUGGUGGAAUGCACUUCCCGGUGGUUUUCUUCACUUAUCAAGCUUCUUUCACCAAGCUUAGCCAGAUCAACUCUCCUUUUGUGGGUAGUUUUCUUUGGCAAUGCGUUCUCGUACUACGGCAUUGUUCUCCUGACUACCCAACUCAACACUGGUCACCAUAAAUGCUCCCCUACAGAGUUCGAAUCCAAGAAUUCAAAGGCUAUUAACUACCGCAGCAUUUUCAUCACUAGUUUUGCAGAGAUCCCGGGGCUUAUCCUCUCUGCUGUAAUGAUCGAUAGAGUUGGCCGUAAAUACUCCAUGUCAUCUCUAUUCUUUGUCUGUUGCAUUUUCAUCCUCCCUCUCAGUCAUCCUCAAUCCAAAGGUCUAACAACUGGACUUCUGUUUGGAGCUAGAACGUGCAUUGCCGCAACCUUCAACAUUGUAUCUAUAUAUGCUCCAGAGGUAUAUCCUACAACAGUUAGGACCACAGGUUUUGGAAUCGCGAACUCGGUGGGAAGGAUAGGAGGGAUAGUGUGUCCUAUGGUUGCAGUUGGGCUGAUACACGGGUGCCAUCAGAGGUUGGCAAUUUGGCUCUUUGAGUUUGUCAUCUUCAUAUCUGGCGUUUGUGCUAUCCUUUUCCCCUUUGAGACGAAGGGUCGUGAGCUAAAAGACAAGUUACCCUCCACAAACGUCGAGAAUGCAGUGGAGAUCAAGUAAUGUAUUUCUGGAUAUACCACCAAAUACAUUCAUGCAUCUCUUGUUAUAUACAUGUAUCUUGUAUAGUCUUUAUUGGUAGUGGCUGCCCAUUUAGUAUUGUAUAAACACAGUCUUGAAGCCAUAUUGCUACCUUCCUAAUAAUGUGCUAAGACUCUU